CCGAGGGAGUCCCGCCCCGGCGGCUGGGAGGCAGGGCGGGCAGAGACCGCGUCCCGCCCGGGGCUGGCAGGGCAGUUCCCCUUCCCGGGGUUUCCCGCCGGAAGACGGCGGCCCGCCUUCUCCUCCCGCAGCGGGCGGGCUCUCGCCUCCUGGGCCCGGCCUGCGGGAAGUUGGCGGCCGGCGCCGGGGGAAGGCGGCGGGGCCCCCGCGGAGGUGGGUGCGGGCGGAGCGGCCGAGUGCGGGCCGCCGGCUGCCCUGCCCUGCCCUGUCCUGUCCUGUGGGGCGUUGGAGGGGAGGCCGCUGCGAGUGAGCCGCCCCGGCCUGCCGCCCAACGGCAGCGCCCUUCGGCCCGCGGAGAGCUGGAUAUUGUUUCUUCUGACAAAAGUCAACUUUUUGUUUCGUUUUUCCACCCCGCCAAGGUGCGAUGCCACCUAAGGAUCGCGGCAGAGGCAAGCUGCCAGUUCCUCUCCCGAAAGACAUGAUCCUGAAAGACACCGAAGGAAAAGUCUGGAGGCUGGGCAGUCAGAUCGGCCAGGGAGGAUUUGGCUUGAUCUAUUUAGCUUCCCCGCAAACUCAUGUUCCUGUAGAAGAUGAUGCAGUGCAUGUAAUUAAAGUGGAAUAUCUUGAAAAUGGCCCCUUAUUUUCUGAACUGAAAUUUUACCAGAGGGCUGCAAAACAAGAGCAUAUAAGAAAAUGGAUGAGUCUCAAAAAAAUAAGAUGCUUAGGGAUUCCAGUGUUUUGGGGAUCAGGCUUGGCAGAAUACAAAGGAAAAAGCUAUAGAUUCAUGGUCAUGGAGAGACUGGGGGAAGACCUUCAAAGAAUCUUUGAAGAGUCUGGAAGCAGAUUUAAGAAGGAGACUGUUCUGCAACUUGGGGCACGAAUGUUGGAUACUUUGGAAUAUAUACACGAAAAUGAGUAUGUUCAUGGUGACAUUAAAGCAGCAAAUCUACUCUUGGGCUACACCAACCCCCACGAGGUUUAUCUUGCAGAUUAUGGACUUUCCUACAGAUAUUGUCCCAAUGGGAACCACAAACAGUAUCAGGAAAAUCCUAGGAAGGGCCAUAAUGGGACAAUAGAGUUUACCAGCGUAGAUGCCCACAAGGGAGUAGCCCCAUCCAGACGAGGUGACCUUGAAAUCCUUGGCUACUGCAUGCUGCAAUGGUUAUGUGGGAAGCUGCCCUGGGAACAGAACCUGAAGGACCCUGUAGCUGUCCAGACUGCAAAAACAAAACUUAUGGAUGAGCUCCCACAUUCGGUGAUGGAAUGGGAUUCUUCUGGAAGCAGCUGUAGUGAAAUAUCCAAGUUUUUGGCAUGUGUUUAUGGCUUAGCUUAUGAUGAGAAGCCGAAGUAUCAAGUGCUCAAGAAAAUCCUGCUGGAUGGACUGGAGUCAAGUGGAACUCGCUACGACGGCCCUCUGGAAUUUUCUGCUGCAGCAGGCACACGAAAUCACCGUGCUGCUAAAGUGUCAAAACAGGUUCGCUUACCAAAGCCUAUGCCAAAACCAGUUCAGCAGAAGCAAAAAAAUAUGGAAGGUGAAGAAUACGUCUGUCAAAACAAAGCCUGUACUGGGGUAACAGACAAACAACUCCAAGAUGCAGAAAAGCCAAGUCAAGUAUACAGGAUGCUUCACCCAGCAGAGCCUCGGCAGCGCGCAGAAUUACCGUCUGUACCUCAGCGGGUUCACUUACCGAGGCCUUCACCGAAACCAGGGCGACAGAAGCAAAACCCGGCCCAAGAGGAAGCAGCCAACUGCUGCAGCAGGCCCCACGCUCGGGUAACGCGCCGGCAAUUCCAGGCUGAAGAGAAGCCAGGUAGAUUUCAGGAGCCUGGCCACCCACAGAAGAAAGACCCUGCAAGAGAAUUACCACCCUUCGACCCCCAAGCAAUAUUCUCAGAAUCCAAAAAGCAACCCAAUCAACUCUUAAGUACCGACCAUCCCAGUUCAUUGCAAGAAACUGGUUCUGACAUUACUAGUCCCUCUCUAUCUGUUCUAUUCAGGCUUGCAUUUACCGACGAAACAUACCGCUACAGUAUAGCCAUACUUGUACUUCUGCUGCUAAUAUUACUUUCCUUGUAUUUUCUUUGAUGUCACUGUUUCAGUGUCUUCAAUGCAAGUGCAGCGGUGUUCCCAGCGCGCAGUUUUUUCUCAAGGCUUCUUCAUUGAAGAUUUCAGUGUCAGUGGCUUGGAAAAGAUUUUUUAAAAUAAUACUGUCAUUACGUAUCUUUUAAAGGCAAGCUCUCUUAAACUUUCCAAAUCUGCACUCAAUAGUUACGUAUACACUACACUAUUUGUACAAGGCUGUUUUGUGUUAUGAAGGUUGGGAUUCCUUUUGCAAACAGGACGCUUUGCUACAGCAACAUUAAAAAUGUAUCAUGAAAUACA